UCAUGGUGGAUAGGACACUUUGUACAUGGAGGUUUUUGACUGUAUGGGCUAAAUAAAAACCCUGAACAGGAGUUAAGGAUUCCACAGAUAAUUAUUGACAUCUGCUCAGUGUUUUUUAUAUCCUUGCCUGGUUUGAUAUAUAUUACACUUCUUUCACCUAUCGGCCGUGAGAAACCCGGUGUUUAUCGCACAGAUGUCGAUCUUGUAGCUGCUCCGGAAUUCAUCACAAGACCAUCUUCAUCUUCAUCACCAGAUUUUUCCAGGGGGGUUUGGAUAUCAGAAAAGACACCUGUUGGAUGACAUGCUGCCUGAGCAGACAAUGAUCUGAAGGCCCUACCAGGAGGCCACAUACUUUCUUUCUUCCUUCCCUCCUUCCUUUUUUUUUAUCAGUGGAGGAAGACGGGUGAGCUCAGCUGCCUCAGACAGGUGGCAUACAGAGAGAGAGCGAGACUCUCUCACACGCACACAUCUUUAUACACAGAAGCGACUAGUCGCUGUUUGUGCUCCUGUAGCUCGAGAAAUUUUGACCUCUGACCUCACCACACCCCCAACCUUGACCCUACCCCUGCUCGGCCAAUCACAGCAGCCAUGGGGAGGAAAAAGAUCCAGAUUCAGCGAAUCACAGACGAGCGUAACAGACAGGUGACCUUCACCAAACGGAAGUUUGGUCUGAUGAAGAAAGCCUACGAGCUCAGUGUGUUGUGUGACUGCGAGAUUGCCCUCAUUAUUUUCAAUCACUCAAACAAGCUCUUCCAGUAUGCCAGCACCGACAUGGACAAAGUGCUCCUCAAAUACACCGAGUACAAUGAGCCGCACGAAAGCAGGACCAACGCUGACAUCAUCGAGACAUUGAGAAAGAAAGGCUUUAACGGUUGCAACAGUCCAGAGCCGGACGGGGAUGAUUCGAUCGACCAAAGUCCGUUACAGGAGGACAAAUACCGCAGGAGCGAUGAGCUGGACAUCCUCUUCAAACGCUACGGAUCCACAGUGCCACCGCCCACUUUCUCCAUGCCAGUCACAGUGCCGGUGUCCAGUCAGAGCCCUCUGACAUUCAGCAGUCCCAGCAGCCUCGUCACCACCUCCUUCAUCACCUCCACUCUCACAGACCCGCGCCUGCUGUCACCACAGCAACCGCAGCUGCAGAGGAACACGGUGUCUCCAGGCCUGCCACAGAGACCUGCCAGCGCAGGUGCUCUUUUGGGAGGUGACCUCAACAAUUCAAACGGAGCGUGUCCAAGCCCUGUGGCCAAUGGUUACGUCAGUGCCAGGGCCUCCCCAGGACUCCUCUCAGUCUCCAACGGCAACAGCAUGGGGAAAGGAGUGCAGGCUAAAUCUCCCCCUCCAGCCAACACUCAGAUGGUGAACAGUCGCAAACCGGACCUUCGGGUCAUCACCUCCCAGAGCAAGGGUCUCAUGCAGCUGACAGAUGAAGAGCUGGAGCUGGUGAGUGAGAACGCUCAGCGGUUAGGAGCCUCUCAAGUGACCCAGCCUCUUACCACACCAGUGGUUUCCGUGGCAACGCCGAGCCUCCUGACUCCCUUCUCCAUGCCAACAGCCUACAACACAGAGUACCAGCUAACAAGUGCAGAUCUCACAGUCCUCCAGGCCUUCACACCGUCGGGUGCACUGUUGCCAGGCAACAUGACCACUUGGCAACAGCAGCAGCAGCCAUCUAUAUCCCAACAACAACAGCAGCAGCCAUCACUAUCCCAGCAGCAGCAGCAACAGCAGCAGCAGCAGCAGCAGCUAACUCUGGCGUCCCUCAGUAACCUUGUGCCCGUGGGAACGCUCCCUCAUGGAGCUACUCUGACGGUUAACACUAACCCCAACAUCUGCAUCAAAUCCGAGCCAGUGUCUCCUAACCGGGAUCGCAGCCCCCUAGUUCCACCGCCGGGGCGACAGGUGGCAUAUCAGGCCUAACUGUGAGCCAGUAUCCAGCGACGCUGCGUUUGGAGCCCACCGGCCGCUCUCCCGUCGACAGCAUCAGCAGUAACGGCAGCUCUUACGAAGGAAGCGACCGAGACGACGGAGGGCAGCCGCGCCCUCCCGAUUUCAGCUCCG